UUAACCUUCCUGGUUCUUUCUUGUUCAAUCAUCAAAUGAGAACAAUGGCAUCGUCCAGCAAAGUAUUAUGUGGUGUUUGUGAGUCACAGCACACAACUACAAAUGCUGAAUACUGGUGCCCUGAAUGUGAUGAAGGACUGUGCUCCCAAUGUCUGAAAUAUCACAAUGCAUCGAAAGCCUCACGUAACCAUGAUGUUAUAUCUGUCGACGACUAUAAACAAUUACCUUCAUCAAUAGCAAAUAUAUCACAACAUUGUUCACAACAUGACAGAAAAUUUCAAAUGUAUUGUCCCCAACAUGAAAGUCUCUGUUGUCCACUGUGUAUUCAGUCAAACCAUGCUGCCUGUGUUGGGAUAUUAUCGCUGGAGAAUGUCAUACAAACAGCAAAGACUUCAGUCCUAUUUGAACGUCUUGAUCACAAUCUGAAAGAUAUCAAAAUGAAUGCUGAGAGAGUUGUUAAAGAUCGGAAACAAAAUAUUGCUGAAAUCCAGAAACAAAGGCACAAGAUUCAUGACGAGAUAAAACAGGUCCGUAAUAAUAUAAACGAGCACCUCGACAGCUUAGAACAACGAAUACUACAGGACCUUUAUGCUGCCGAAACGAAAAUUAAAACACAAAUAGAAGACAUACUGGGAAAACUUGUUGUAAAUAUGGAAAAGGUGGGUCUAUUGCAAACUAAUAUGUCAGCUAUCAAAGAAUAUGCGUCAGACCUUCAAGCAUUUCUUGGGAGUAAAAUGAUUGAGACAGAAAUUCAGAAGCAUGAAAUAUUUAUUCAGUCUUUAUUUGACGACGGAAGUUUACAGAAGAUAGUCAUCACCUGUAAAAUUGAGGACGAGAUAACCAAUGUAUUGUCCAAAGUUACUUCACUGGGUUCGAUAUCACUCGAAUCGAGUCCUACAUUAGUGGUUCUGCAGACAGUUAGGGAAAAGCAAGCACAGCUAGGAUAUUUUCAAAAUGCACAACUGACAACAAUUAAUGGUCUUCAGAUAUCAUUGCAAAGAAAACUCAAAUCUACUGGUGCCACAGGAUGUUCCAUUUCUUUAACUGGAGACAUUGCUCUUAUAGACAAUCAAAAAAGUCGUCUUCUGAUUUUAAAGGAAGAUGGAACCUUAAAGAUUGAAAUAUCCCUUACAACUAAGACUCCAGCAGACGGUACAUUUAUUGAUGAAAAGACAGUAGCUGUAUCAUUUCCCAUUUCAAAACAAAUACAAAUCAUAAACAUUACCACUAAAACUGUUGAAUGCACAAUUAAAACAACUGAUUCGUGCUACGGUGUAUGUUACAGAGAUGGCGAGUUGAUAUACUGUAAUGUUGGCAAAGGUAUCCAGAGAGUAAAUGUGUCAGGCAAUUGUACGUCUCUUUUGGUUAAAGAAGACACCAUGUCCUGCUGGAGUUAUGUAGUAACAUAUGGAGACCGGAUUUUCUACACAAAUUACUCCAAACAUACCAUUGCAUGCUUAAAAAUAACUGGAGAGAAGAUUUGGGAAUGCCUAAAUGAAUCAAUAUGUAAGCCGCAAGGAAUAUCUGUAGAUAAAGACUAUAACGUUUACAUUGCUUCGUAUGGUAACAAUAGUUUAUUUGUAUUAUCUGCGGAUGGGAAUCAAUCAAGAAAGCUGGGUGAUCACAGGGACGGAAUUGAUUUACCCUACGGACUCGCGUUUGAUAGGAAGAAAGAGAAACUUACACUUACAAAUAAUCGUGGAUAUAUUCUAUUUUACAACCUAUCUUAAAAGCCUUAAAUGCUAGUUAUGUAGUUUUGUAAAAAAAAAAAUGCCUGUUAUAUUUUUAACAACAGUAAUGUAUUCUAACAUUUA